UGGCGGACAGUUGGGUGGUGCCAGCGCGGAAGGACGCUAGUCGUCGCCGACUGCGACGCUUGCUCGCCGCGCGAAGCGAGUUCUGUGCGUGUGUGCAUGUGCGUGGGUGUGUGCGUGUGUUGGUGAGGAGGAGGUAGUCGUUGGUGUAAUGAGGAGGUGGUGUUCGAUCUAUGAUCCGUGUGAUCUGUGAUCUGUGAUCUAUGAUCCGUGUGAUCUAUGAUCUAUGAUCUGGUGGUGCACUGAGGCUAGACAAAGAUCGGGUUAUAGCGGGAGAGGCCAGUCACCCAGUAGAACGUCACGGCAAGGUAGCAGCAGAGAUGCGCCGCCAGCUUGUGGUGGGUGAGCCUGCUGCCGGUUGUUGCGCGCCGCCCCCUUCCGCCGCCUCCGACGGAAUAUGCAAGCAGCUGCUGCAGCCACCGCCUCCAACGCUGACACCGCCGCCUCCACAAGCUGCUGCCGCCCCCGCCUCUGCUGCCUCCGGCUCCCUUUGCAGCAGCAGCAGCCUCAAUCAUCCUCACAGAUUACCGUUCUUGCAGAGCAGUUCUGUCUGCAGCAGCAGCACGAGUGCUGCUCUGCACAGGAAUACCCACUGCAACACUGUCAGAGCACUUCGGCAGAGGAAUACCCACUGCAACACUGCCAGAGCAUCUCUACAGAGAAAGGUUCCCUACAGCACUGCCAGAGUAUCUUCAAGGCGGAAGUUCCACUGCAGCAGCAAAACUGUCAAAGGAUCUCUACAGAGGAAGUUCUCUUGCAGCAGCAAAACUGCCAAAGGAUCUCUACAGAGAAAGUUCGACUGCAGCAGCAAAAGUGCCAAAGGAACAUUACAGAGGAAGUUUUCCUGCAACAGCCGAGGUGUCAAUUUGCAGAGGAAUAUCAACAGCCGCACUGCCAGAGCUUCUCCAAGGCGGAAGUUCACCUGCAGCAGCAAAACUGCCAAAGUAUCUCCAAGGCAGAAGAUCGACUGCAACAGCAAAACUGUCAAAGCACCUCCACCACAGAAGUUCCAGAAGAGGUCUCAGGGCAUCAUUGCAAAAGAACCCUUGUGGAAGAAGACCGUCUGCAGCAGCAAAACUCUUCGAAAGCAGAUGUUGCAGAAGAGGUCACAUGGCACCAUUGCAAAAGCACCUCUGUGGAAGAAGUCCGACUGCAACAGGAACCGAAGAAGGGCUCAGGCUCACCUUGUUCGUGGCAGGCAGACAACGCGAAGGCAGCUAGCAGGAGGAGUUCUGGCGAGGAAAGAUUUCGUGUGCAACAUCAGAAGAAGGCAGUGCAGUGGCAGUGGCGGAAAAGGGUGCAGCAGAGCAGAAGUGUGGCAUUGGUUGUGCUGCUGCUGCUCCUGAUGCCGGGCCGCACCCUGGAGAUGCACGCUUGUGACCCAGAUAUGGCACUGCUGCCUCCUGUCGACACCUGUCAGCGACAGCGCAACCCUAACAAUAGUUCACAGUGCCUUCUACGCUUCGAUGAAUCGCACAAAGAAACGUUCUGCAGACACGUCGUUACCAAUAACUACAAUAAGAAUAAUUACUAUAAUGCUAGCGAUAGGAUUGGUGCCCCCUCUACCUCGGACGUGCGGCUGCCGCACUGCUGCGGUCAUCGGCUGCACGACGCUAUGGAGCCGGCCGCGCGACUCGACCAGCACUCCUGCCUGAGACACGUGGAUCGGCUGCUAGCCGCUGACGCGACGGCCGCGCGGCUCACCUGUCACUUUGCCCACCUCCUGACGCGAUACGACUGCCGCCAGCCCUACUCGGUUCGCACCGGGUGUGCUGACUGUCUGGAGGCGUACAAACAGUGGGUGUGUGCGACGCUGGUGCCUCAUUGGGGUGGCGGCAACGGGCAGAGGUUAAAGCCGUGCAAGUCGUUGUGUCACCGCGUCGAGCAGACUUGUCCGUUCUUCCUGCCCGGCGACCGGGCUCCCCUCUGGCCCACCCAGUAUGCCGGCGAGCCUACCUUCCUGUGCCUAGAUCCGAACAUUCCAGAGACAGGCGAGCAGGUGACGCACUCUCUGCACGGCCCACCCGACUGCUGCUACGUGCCGUGCCAGGGCGCCGUAUGUCCAGAUCCGCCUCCCGCCUCCGCCUGCCUCCGCACCGCCCACCAUUCUCCCGCGCCGCCCCUCGAGACCUGCGACACUCCGCCCCAGGCGCCCAGCGCCAAUCCCUGCGUCCUCUACACCUCAAGGUCAUCGGCCGCCGCCUCAAGGUCACCGCCCACCUCAAGGUCACGCCCAUCACUCGCCAUCCUAGUAGUACUCCUGCCGCUCGCCAGGUGGCACCAGCGGACAUUUAUCACUAGCAAAUAG